AUGACGUACAGCUACUGCGUUCUGGAGUACGCGAAUAGCACGGCGACGGAGCCUGCUGUGACCGAUUGUCUCAUCAUCAAUGCUACGGAGAGCGGUACUGCUUCUAACUGUAACUGUUUCACUUCCGUUGAUCUCUAUGACUCCCUAGAUGGCUGCGAUAAUGCCCUCUAUUCCGGCCUUAAUGUCACCGAUUCUCGCGCUGUGUGUAUCGGUGUCGGCUCUACGAAUAUGACUGCCACUUCGACUGCGACUGCGACUAGCACAGAAACUUCUACCUAA